AUGAAUUAAUAAUAUUAUGAUAUAACAUUGAAGAUAUUAAUUAUUGGAAAUUCGAAUGUAGGAAAAACAUGCAUGGUUAUGAGAUAUUGUGAAAAUCAAUUUACAAAUGAAUUUUAUGCAACAAUAGGAGUUGAUUUUAAGACAAAAAAUUUACAAAUUGAUGAUAAGAUAAUAAAAUUAUAAAUUUGGGAUACAGCUGGAUAAGACAGAUUCAGAACAAUAACGAAUAAUUAUUAUAGAGGUGCAAAUGGUAUUUUAAUUGUAUAUGAUAUAACAGAUAGAGAUUCCUUUUAAAAUGUUAAAUAAUGGAUGUAUGAAAUUGAAAAAAAUGCUAAAGAGAAUGUUUAAAAAAUACUUGUUGGAAAUAAAUGUGAUUAAAAUGAUUAAAGAUAAGUUGAUUAUGAGGAAGGAUUACAUUUAUCUUAAUAAUAUAAUCUUACUUUCUUUGAAGCUUCAGCUAAAAAUUCUCAUAAUAUAGAAUUAUCUUUUUAAACAUUAGUAAAGAAUAUAGUUGAAAAGGGUGGAUUUCCAUAAAAACAUCAAGGAUUAAAAAUUGGUAGAAACUAUAAUUAAAAAUAAGUUGAAAUUAAUAGACCAUAAACAUAAAAAAAUUGUUGUUGUUGA